GGGCGUGGCCUCAUCGCGGUGGGCGGAGCCUGCGCGCCCGCUCCGGUCGCCCGUGGAGACACCGGGAGCGGCGGUGGGAUCAUUACACCGAUAAAAUCAAAGCAAGCCGGACAGGUAGCAAGUCUGCCUAUGUAGAACUUCCCUGCUCCACUGAAAAUGUCUGGCAAAACAGCCACCACGACCAACAACAUUGCUCAGGCCCGAAGGACUGUGCAGCAGCUCAGGAUAGAAGCCUCAAUAGAGAGGAUAAAGGUGUCCAAAGCCUCGGCAGACCUGAUGCUGUACUGUGAGGAACACGCCAAGAAGGACCCGUUACUCAUGGGCAUUCCUGCUUCUGAGAACCCUUUCAAGGACAAGAAAACCUGCAUUUUGUUAUAGGAGAGGGGCAGCUCCUCCCCAGCCCACCUAGGCAAGGCCAAGCACCGACACUCCGUAAGGUCCCAACCGUUCCCUGGCUCGGAGCGGCUUCUCUUUUACCACAUGUAUAAGUCCUUAAGCUUUCCAGAGCAUUCCUUCUGAUCCCUGUCUUUAUUAGGAAGCUGAAUUCAUGUCUUUCCUGGCCAAGGGAAUGGGGUUGAGCCCAGGAGCAGCACUGGGGUCUCUGCCCAGGGGGGUCCUGGCUGCAUUUGCCAAGUCAAACAAGACCAAAGUUGCCUGAGCUUUGCUGAUAAAGCAGAGGCCAAGUUGUAGAGACCUGAUGGAACAUCACUGGGUUUACAUUUUUUUAAAUGAUUAAUUGGGGGGGGGGGGGGGUUGUGCCUGUGCUGGCAGCACCAGUUUGUGCACAGUUACAUUUAAAGUGCGUUUUCUAGCAAAAUAAAGUAUCUUGCAAAAUGAUUGUAGCAGCUGCUGAGGAGCUCCAGGGAGCUGUGCCACAGCCUUCCUCCUGCUGGCCUCUCUUCCCAGUGGAGAGUUGAGAAUCAGAGACCUGCAGAUUGCUUUUCCUUCUUUUUAAGAGUUGAAAAAGCAGAAUUUUCAGCUUGGAUUCUGCUGCUCUGCAUUUUCCUCUCUAAUUUAAAAUCCACAUUAGCAUAAAAACCAUCCUGUCAAAAGAAUGGAAGGCUGGAACUGCCCUGGAACUGCAGGAAGGAAUGCUGUCCUCACUCCCAAUCCCAGUUACAUUCUGUGCAGGGAGUCAGAAUUUGACUCUUUUUUAAAAAAAAAUUUUAAAAUGGGAAAAAUGCCAAAUUAUAUCCAGCUUGUGGUUCUGCAUUUAUAAUUGGAGGGCCUUUUCAUCAAGUAUAUAUUUUAUAUAUACACAUAAUAAAAAUAUCUUUCUUUGCGUGUCUGUAUAUAUAUAUAUACAUAAACUUUGUAUGCAAAUAUUGCAUAUUAACAGCAAAUUUGGAAGGGUAUCAAAAUAAUACUGUCUUCAGCUGGCUGCAAAUGUCCUCUGAAUCCUGCUGAAGUUGUGAUCUGUCAUAACUGUGCAUUUCCAUGAGGAUAUUUAGAGACUUUAUUAACCACUUGUCAUUUAUGUUGCAUAUUUUUCAUUUCUAUAUGAAAUUAUAGACCCACUAUUGAUAUAUAUUAAGAACUUAUAUCUUUGUUUAACAAGCCUCUUUGACAAAGAGCUCCAAAAUCAGCCUGACAGAGAAUUGUGCUGCUUAUCCUGUGCUUACGUGCAGAUUAUUUUUAUAGAGUAUUUUUCUAGUGGCAAUUGAAGAAAACAAUAAUGCAUCUCCACACUAAUUCUUUUUUAUUGUGUUUGUGUCUAUCAUUUUAUCACACACGUAGGUGGAAUUAAUGAGCUCAGUUAAUUACUCAGUUUGGGGCUGCAAGGCUGUAGCUGUUGAGAACUCCAGCUGUGCCCAGAGGUGGCCAGGCAGGUACAUGGCAUGCAGGGAAGGAAAGAACCUCAUGUGGUUGCAUGAUUAUUGUCUUCCCAGCAAUGUGGUGUUCCCACAGGAAUCUGCAGGCUUAUUUGAUUAGAGAUCCCUGCUCCCAACCCAAAACCAGCUCCCCAUUGUGGCUGCAGGGGGGCUCUUUGUGUCUGCCUUCUUUGUGCCUGCCCUUGAAUAAAGCCCACCAUGGGGGCUGGGUGGUGAUCCAGCUGUGGGACUCUGAAUUGUGAUCCAUAUGUGGGGCCCUGAUGGGUGAUCCAGCCGUGGGGCUCUGGAUGGUGAUCCAGCUGUGUGAUCCAGCCAGAAAUCCAGCUGUGAGACCCUGUUUGGUGAUCCAGCCUGUUGGCCUGCAUCUGACAGCAUUUAAUCUAUAGAUACUUGGUAAACUCACUAUUUUAAAAAUAUAAGAUACAGGGACACGUGAAAUCUGGAGCUGUUACGUUUGUGUUCACUUUUUGCUGUAAGUACUCCCAGGAAAAAAAACAGGUAUUGUAAAAUUUAGGGGAAAUACAGCCUCUGUUCUUGUAGAUUUUUUUUUUAAAAAGGAGAAAUGAGGCCAUCCACAGGUACUGGGAGAAACCUGUGGGGUGCCACAGGGAUGCCCCACUGUGCUGCAUCACCAUGCCACUCCACCAUGGUGCAUCGUCGUGCUGCCCUUCUCUCUCCUUGGCCAAACUGGCUGAUUUGGGGGAGAAAAACCCAAGCAUUUGGGUGCAUGGCUGUUGCUGGGCCAUGUGUCCCCAGGUCAGGGGGACAGGGGCGGGAGGGGUGACACUGAGAGAAAUCAGGGGUUGUGGGGGGCUUGGAUUGAGUUUGAGCUUGGAGAAACAGCAAAUAUGGUGAUGCUGCUCCUGCAGUGUCCCAGGGCACAGGAUGGCACCUGCCUGGUCCUGAGCUACAUGCCGGACAUGGAUAGGGAUGGGUGGCCUUGGGCUGGAGUGUCUGGGAGUGGGAGAACUGGUCCAGCCUCACCACUUGGCUAGGCUGCCACCGAUCCUGCUGGGGCUGGGGACACUGACGCCCCAGUGCCACUGCUGUGGGGUCACGCACGUGCUAUUAGGGAUGUCCAGUGUGGGUCAGUAGUGUCCCCGUGGCCUCCCCCACCCCGGGCAGUGCCGGCAGCGUGGGCGGGGGAGGUUGUUCUCCUGCCACAAGAGAGAUCCCAGCUGUGUGCCAGGCUGGAGUUGUAAUUACAGAGGAGGCUGGCACAGAGACCUCCCAACCCCAGUAGGCACAGGCUGUGCUGGGGGUGCACGGGCUGUGCUGAGGAUGCAUAGGGAAAAAAUCCAGGAGCGUUUGCAGAGUCUGUGAUGCAAGAAAGAUCAGGUCAAGUUUUCCUCCACCAAGGAAUCAGGUUUCCCCACCUUCCAAGACUACUGGAGUAGUGUUGGAGUCUCUGCAAUAAAGCUGCCUCUCUUUUCUUAGCUCCUGUUGUUGCAGCAUUCAAGCAAAAUAAAUAAAUA